AUGAAUAAUGACUUCAGAUUCAUUCUAAAUAAAAUCAAAGCAACUUAAUAAAAUACUUUACGCUAAACUUGUCUAAUUUAAUUAUCCUUCUCUUAAAUAGAAGAAAUCAAUAAAACUAUACCAAUCUUAAAACAAACUUUAACAAUCUAUAAUAAUCAUAAAGAUUCUUUAAUCCUAAAUCCUAUUAUUCUCAUUCCCAAUUUGAUUAUUAUUCAAAAUGAGUAUUUGGUCCUUUCAAAUUGCACAAUUAUCAAAUUUAAAUCAAAAUAAGGAUAAUGCAUAUAACUCUCAAACGGCAUAGGAAACCUAUUAAUCUUUUUUCUUAAUAAUGAACAUUACAAAUAGUGGAUUACUAAUUUAAAAUAAUUCUGUAAACUUUCUAAUUUUUCUAAGAAAUUUAUUGUCAAAGAAUAAACUGUUGCAGAUUAUUACUUAAUCUAACACAAGAAAACUAAUAAAUAUUAUAUUGCUAACAUGUGUUCAAUCUCGAAUACACAAAUAGAACUCUUAAAUAGUGAAAUUCAAACUUUAAGAAGUGUCAAACAUACCUCUCUACUAGAUUUAAAAUGGGUUUAUUAAGAUUGCCGUUUCAUAUACUUGAUUUACGAAUAUUUUCGAUGUGAAAAACUUACAACCUUAUUAAAAUAAGGAUUAAUCUUAGAUUAAACAUAAUUAGCAUCUGUAAAGAAUUGAUUUAUUUGUAGAUCAUACUAUAAAUAUUAUAGUUAACCAAAUUCUUAAAUAAAUAAUAAAUUUAUCAUGGUAACAUCACUCUCAACAAUAUUUUAAUUAAUGUACAAUCCUCUUACUUAUCCAUAUUCCUCAUCAAUAUGAAGCCUCUUAAUAAAAUUGAUUAAGACACUAUUAAUUAAUAUAAAAAAUCCAUUGAAAUUAAUUAUCUAGCUCCUGAAAUACUUGAAGGAACCUCAAAUCCUUCCAUUGAAACCGACUUAUAUCAGAUAGGAAUAGUAUUAUAUUUCUUAACAUUCUACAUUAAAUUAGAUAAAGAUGAUGGGAAAAAGGAUUCAAUUAAAAUGGAACUCAUUAAUUAAAUGGAAGAAUACUUUAUUGAAGCAUCCAAAAUAUAAUCUAAGUAAAUUAAUUUACAAUAAGAAUAUAAAAUGGCUUAUAGUCCUUCAUAAUUAGAUUUAUUGAAGAGGCUUUUAGAGAGAAGAGAUUAAAGAGUAAAAUUAGAAGAGGCUAUGAAACAUCAUUGGUUUGUUAAUAUCAAGUAGAAAUUUAAACCAAAAUAAGAAAGAAGAAAAUAGCAUUUACCAUCUUUAAAUACUAUUAUAGAACUUUGCGAAUAGAGUGAACAUACUAAAUCAUUUGUUAAUAACUAAUUAAGAUUUGAUGAUGAAUAAGGUAAUAUAUUAUAUAUAUAUAUACUUAGUACUUGAUGAAAAUAAUUUAAUUUAAGAAUUUAUGUCAGAGUUAGAAAAAAAUAAUAACUAAAAACCUCCUUCAAGAGAAAAUCAUGAAAAAUUAAAAGAUUUCUAAAUUUUCAAAACAUCAUAUGAGUAAUAGAAAACUAAUACUUAAAAUCAAUUCAAAGUUUCAAAAAGUGUUGUUUGA